CCCGACCCAACCCACCAACCCAUCUAUCUUAAUGAAAAUAGAGCAUCUACUCGUCGGCGGCAGCAUGUUGUGGAUGUUGGGCAUCACGCCGCUGUUAGCGAUGGUGACGGAUCACUCCUCUUAAAAAUAAAACAAAAAAUUGAUGAAGACCGAAUCACUCCUUCUCUGCUUAAUUUCCAGCUCUCCUUUCCUCCAUCGGGCGGAGGUUUUCUGUGUUCGAGGCGAAAACGUAGGGUUUUGGGAGACCGAAUCGCACCCAAACUUCCAAAUUCUCGAAUUCCCAUCUCAACUUCUCCGAUGGUCGGAAGAGGAAAAGCGUUUGGCUCCGUCAAGGACAAGAAGAGCACCACCAGGAGCACCAAAGCCGGCCUGCAGUUCCCCGUCGGCCGCGUCGCUUGCUUCUGGAAGACCGGCAAGUACGCUGAGCGCGUUGGUGCCGGAGCUCCCAUCUACCUUGCCGCCGUCCUCGAGUACCUCGCUGCCGAGGUUCUGGAAUUGGCUGGAAACGCGGCAAGAGAUAACAAGAAGACGAGAGUCGUCCCGAGACACGUGCAGUUGGCGGUGAGGAACGACGAGGAGUUGAGCAAGCUGCUUGGAUCUGUCAUAGGGAUGGCAAUGGGUCGGGUCGGGGACGGAUAGUGCAUAUCCGUUACCCUACCCAAAGUAGUUCGGGUUUUACCCAUACCCAUACCCACAUAUGAAACGGGUAGAAAAUUAAAACCAUGCCCAUACCCGUGCGGGUUUCGGGUAUCCACGGUUAUCCAUGGGUAAUGAUUUCUCUUCAUAACUCCAACUAAUAUAUUAACAUUCACACG